AUGGCGUCCUCAUACUCUGCCAUACCCAGGUUCCUGCUGCCCCAGUCCGGGCGGAUCUGGCGACGGGCAAACCUCGGCAUCCACAACCACCAAUCCGACCUGCGCAUAGUGCGAUAUGCGUCGUCUUCCAGCAAAGGCUCAAAAGCAGAGGGCAAGCCUAUCGUCCUAGAACAGCCACAGAGGUUCAACCCGCCCUCCCACGGCGCCCGUCUACCACGGAAGGACCGUCCCCAGCAACAACACUAUGGCGGGUCUUUGUCCAGCGAGGAGAUCUCUUCCCAGAGGAGAAAGGAAUACCCCGGCCUGAUGGCCCCCAAAGGCACCUGGGCGCAUUGGUUCUGGAAUAGCCAGGGCCUGCAUACGACCAUCACUCUGGGAACCUUGGCUGGCCUGGCCAUCUUUGUAGCUACCGAGAACUUUAAGAGCAACACGCCCUUCGCCGACAUGCUCCCCGCGCGAUCCGACUACUGGGAGCACCCCGUCGUAUCAUUUCGCACGCUGUACGAGGUCUGGCGGCUGACCCAGCUCCACAACUCGGCCAUCGUCGCCGAGAAGCGGAAGAAGAACGUCGACGAUGUCGUCAAGCGCUCCGAGUACCGCAAGGCCCACGGUCUGGAGAAGGAGGGCGGCUUCGGGAACUGGACGGCAAAGGAGGACCCACAGUCACCGCAGGCCGAGCCGGGAAAGAGGGAAAAGUGGCUUGGGGUAUUUUGA